AUGGGGACGUACUUUCACUUUCUUCAAAAAAUGUAUAAUGAUAUAAUUGCCGGGGCUUUGUUAGCCCAAGAUGGUUACAAUUGUGCAGCUCUUCUAAACCCUUCGGUUUUUUCAUCCGCCCAAAAUCAUGAAUUAUGUGGCUGUCAUUUUUUUUCUAAGUUGGAUGCUAAGAUCUCUUCUGGUCUAGACUCCAUAAACCACGAACGUGAUAUUUCUAAAAACUGUAGCCAUCUGAAGUGCCCUACACGGGAAAUGAUUCUGCUUCAGUUAACUUUGAUCAAGAUGAUGCAUGCCAAACUGCAACUGCAAGAGGUGGCUCCUGAAAUAAAACAGAAAUACAUUGAGAUCCUGAGAAUUCUGGAAGAAUCGAACAUUGUGUCUGAAUUAAUUCCUCUGUUAGGUCGUUCAGAUCAACAGCUCUCUCACAUGGCUUCCAAAACUUCAGCCUCCCUUGUGCACUUUCAGCUAACAGAAGAUAAUUCAUUAAACAGUGCCUGGAUUGCUUUUUGUGUAGAGACUUUAUCAGGAUUUCCCAGUAAUAGUUCAAUAGCAGGAUGCCUCUGGACUUUGACCAAUCUAAUAAAAGAAAUGUUGAAUGAUGACAACACUCGCAGAAGAGGUGACCUGAAGAAACUUCUAACUCCACUUGACAAUGUACUGGAGAAUUUUUACAGCUCCAUCCUUUCUUAUCAUUCGUCUGUUCACAACGUUCCACUAUCUGCAAAAUCAACAAACGAUUUGAAUAGCUUUCUUGAUCUCUUUGAGCUGCUGGCAGCUGCCAGGAUUCAAAUGCCACUCAACCUGGGAUGCCAGAGGAUAUUGUUUUUGAGCUCUUACGAUAUCUGCUGCCUUGCCACAUCACCCGUUCACGGUUUCAUCAGGAAGAAAUCAAUCGUGUUGCUUAAAAACUGCAUCCUUCGCAAAGCUGGCGAAGACCUAAUCCAGACAAAGGUGCUUCCUUCCCCUUACCCGGACCCUCAUUCUGACAACGAUCGAUUAGCAUUGGCCAAUACUGUGCUACUGCACUUUGUCAAGUCUGAUGGGCUGGAGGGGUUGUGUGUUAGUGGAAAUCUCAGCCACUUUGAUGGCAGCACCGUUGAACCUCAAGUACGUGCCAAUAGUAACUUUGACGUCGUGAUCUUCAGAUCCUUAAGCUUGCUUCUGCUUAAAGCGUUAGAGACGAAGAUCCCGGAUUUUGCCCACAGAACUGAAUCGCAAGUUCAUUUGGAGAGUCUUAUGAGUCUACUCUUGACAGUCUUAAAAAGCCACCUGAAGACUUCUGCCAGUAUCUGCUUAUUUGAACACCCUUGCACGUGGAUUUCUCUGUUUGUAGAACAAGAUGAUGAGAUGGUAGAAGCUGCAAAGUCAUUACUGGCAAUUUAUUUAAACUUUGAAAGGUUCUGCCACAAUGUUAAUUUUACCCCGUGCCAUUUAGACGACGGGAGCCAGGACAAUCGGACGCACCAAAACGGCUAUAAUCCCCACUGUAUCUUCUUAUGUCUGUUAAGAAGCAUUGCAUUUGACGCCACGGUUCUUCUGGACUUCCUGAUUUCAUCUGAAACCUGUUUCUUGGAAUACUUUGUACAAUAUUUAAAACUUCUUGUGGAAGACUGGCACCAAUUUGUACAAGUUUCCGGGUGCUUUAAGUUCACCGUUGGCAAAGAUCUCAGAAUUUGGGAGGAGAAAUUGCCCUGCCAGCACAAAUAUGUCCACAAGUCAGAUCUCACCAUGCAGGGCACUUCAUAUGAUACACAGACUUGUACAGAGGCCCUUUCAUCUUCUUCCUUGAAUUUGUCUACGCUCCCUCGGAGAGGCGAUCAAGCUGUGCAGCCCAACAAGUCUGAUUUAGUAACCGCAUCGAGUCAACCGCUUUUAUUGGGGGCUUUUCAGAAGCUGGUUGAUUAUGACAGCUCAGAAGAUUCUGAUGUAGAAUGUGUAAGAGAAGAAUCUUGGACAGACACAGGACAAGAAACUUUAAAUUGUCACGCCUGUACAAAUAAAGCAACUCUUGAUGAUAGUGCAAAAACCUCCAAACAGGACGUGCUAUCUUUAACUGAGCAGGAGCUGAAUAUUUCAACAUCCUCUUGCAGCAAACUGUCCCCCCAAAAAUGUAAAUUAGCAGGUGAAGCUUUCCAGAAAGCAACUACAUGCUUCCAACAACUGCAAAAGUCAAUUUCUAGGCUACAUGCAAAAAGUCUCUUUCCAUACAAUCCAAAUGCACUCUUGAAGCUCUUGAAUCAAGUUAAUAUAAUUAGUAAAGAUCAUCAAGCUGUUUCACACUAGUCAGAGUCUACAGAAAUAAAGUGUUUCAGGUUAAACCCAUAUAUUUGUUAGCAUUUGAAAGGAUGUUCCAGAAAAUUAAUAUGCACACAUUAAUAUGUGGGCCAAAUGCAUUCUUUGGGAUUGAAGUAUAUGUUGUUUAUGAAUUGUCUGCUUGGUUAAAAACACUGUAGCUUCUAAUCCCUUGAUACGUUUAAUUCAAAAAGGUUGUUACAAUUUUGUCUGUGUUGUGUGUGAAUUUUUCCUCAGAGGUUUUUUGUUUUUGUUUUGUUUUUUUAAGGCAGUAAAUUCUGAAUUUUAUGCUCUGUCUGAGCAUAUUUGCUAUUUGCUCUGUAUGAGGUAAUUUUGAUAUGAAGGAUAUAUGUCCUUAGAGAUUAUUAACUCCUGCUUUUAAAAAGAGGAUAGAAUAGGUCUGUGUUUCCAGUUGAGGAAAGGAAAAUUGUAUCAUAAUUAAAUAACUUAAAGCUUUAUGAAUUGGGAAAAGAUUUGACUUUGCAGGGUUCCCCCCCCCCAAACAAAAUGGCUCAUAAAUGCAUUUAGCUCUUACCAGCAUGUGCUGUAUACUGUUUAUGAUAUAAACUGAACAACUGAAGAA